AUGAAGGAGAAGCAGCUCAAGAUCAGUCAGAGUGCGUGUAUUGCAAGACUGGUUGAAAAUUUAAAUCAAGAGGGUGCUAGACCGGUAUAUAAUCCGGGUGUGGAUGUCCAAAACAUGGUCAAGUGUGUAGUGAUGGAUGCAAAAAUGGUGAACUGCCUGUACCAAUUGCUGGUGGGUUCACCUCUGUACGUAACAAAUAGAACAAGACUCAAUUUUACGCUCGCGGUGUGUCAAUUGAGUCGACACUGGAGAAACCGAGUGAAGAGCACUGGAAGCGGCGAUUGA